CCUUUUCUUUUUCUAACACCAGCUGUUCAUUCCCACGCCAGUCUGCGACUCUGUAAAUGAUUCAUCCUGAUACGAGUAUUUUGGGAUCGACAGGGAAGCUAUAAGCGCUGUUAGUCUGAACCCCAGUUACUUGUUAGUUGGCAUUUCUGAGUGAAACACUGAUUGACUCACUGCUGUCAAUAUGGCAAGUCUGCUCACUGCUCUGGCCACGCUGGCCGUGUUGUCCUGUGGGUUGUGUGAGGAGAAGACCGUUUUGCAGCGAGCUGGUGUGGCCUUCAACAACAGAGAGUACGCAUCUCUGCUUACCGUGAGCAACGGAGAACAAUUUGGAAAUUGGACCUGGCCUGAGAUGUGUCCAGACAAGUUCUUCGCUGUUGGAUUCAGUGUCAGGGUGGAGCCCAACCAGUACGGAGCGGAUGACACUGCCCUGAACGGGAUCCGCCUCAUCUGCGCCAAAGACGGGGACAGAAGCUUCCUGUACUCUGUCGAGUCCCACGCUGGCUACUUCGGUGACUGGUCCCAGCCCCAGUACUGCCCCACUGGUGUGCUCACCUCUUUCCAGCUUCGUGUGGAGCCCCAUCUGGGUCUGUUUGGUGACGACACAGCCGCUAACAACAUCAAGUUCCGCUGCAGCAGCAACCCAGUGCUGGAGGGGCGAGGCAUGGACUGGGGAGAGUACGGCCACUGGAGCGAGGAAUGUCGUGAUGGAGGAAUCUGUGGCAUCGAGACCAAGAUGGAGGAAUACCAGUAUGGCCUGGAUGACUCCACCCUCAAUGACGUGCACUUCCAUUGCUGUCCAAGGCCUCAGUAGUGAUCGGUGAACACUGAGCGCUCCUGAGAAGUUUGAUCCAACCUUAAACUCACAGAUGACAAAUAAUAAAAUGCUCAUUUGAAUUGCUGCUGUCUCUUUAAUAAUUUUCCUGAACCUGACAGGGUUGUGUAUAGUUUCAGUUCUUUCCUCUUUAAAAACAUAAAUAUGUGUUGAGCUCAUAGUUUGCAGCAGUCUACAAUAAA